AAAACAUUUUUUUUUUGUAUAGUUUUACAGAGAGAAAACAAAAAACAGAGGCAGAGGAGGAGGAGGAGGAGGAGGAGGAAGAAGAGUUGGUUUCACGUUUGUGGGGUUUUGUGUUUUUGCUGUGUUUGAAGAGAUCUCUAUCAGAUCAGAAGCUUAAAGGGUCAUAAAAGAUAACCUCGUGAUGGGGAGAGACGUUACAGGUUUACGUUCUGAUAAGAAACCUACUGUUAAGCCAAAUGGUGUCACCCAUGGUGCAGUCCAUGUUGCCCCCAGAAUUGCCAAGGAAAGGGUUGAAGCAAAGGAGUUUGAGGCAGAGGAUCACACUGCAAAUGGCACACAUGUGGAGGAAGCCCAUGAGAAGCAGGAUGUACUAUCUGUGAAAAGCACUAACUGUGAACCUGGCCCGAUUGAGGGAAAAAUUACGAAGACUGAGGCUGUGAAGUCCAGUGACAAGAAGUUGGGCUCACCAAUGAAACCUUCAUCUGAUUCUACUGCAGCAACUGAAAGUCCAGCCCCCCCAGUUAUGAAUUCAUCAGGGAAUGAAUCUGAAAAUCAUGAAAACACUCAGACUGUUGAUGCUGGCUCGAAUUGUUCAUCAAAGUCCAUCGAUCUGCAGUCUCCUAUGACUUCACAAAAAUUGCAUCAAAAUUCUCCCAUGAUGACAAGGAAGUUGCGGAUGCAGGAUGAAGAUGAUAAUUGGUCUUUGGCUUCCUCAACUGCAGCUUCUGUGCGGACAAUUAGGUCCAAGGUUACUGUUCCUGUAGCUCCAACAUUUAAAUGUUCUGAACGCUCAGCGAGACGUAAAGAGUAUUACACAAAGUUAGAGGAAAAGCACAAAGCUCUGGAGGCGGAGAAACAAGAAUAUGCAGCCAGAACAAAGGAAGAGGAAGAGGCAGCAAUUAAACAGCUUAGAAAGGCCAUGUCCUACAGAGCAAAUCCAGUUCCUAAUUUUUACCGUGAAGGGCCACCUCCAAAGGCUGAACUUAAGAAGCUACCAGUCACUCGUGCCAAAUCACCAAAUCUAACCCGUAGAAAGAGCUGUAGUGAUGCAGUCGGAGCAUCUCCUGAAGAAAAGAAAGCUUCUGCUAGGGGUCGUCACAGCAUUGGUGUUUACAAACAAGGCAGUCCUACCCCACCCACCCCCAAAAGCAAAGAUCGUGUGAGUGGUCGAAUCAGUAAUGGAACUCCUAGAGUCAAAGAACCUACAAAGUUGGUGAAAGCAAAAAAGGAAUCCUCUUUGAAGGAGAUGAAGGAAACACCAAUUAAGGAGAUAAAGGAAACUCCAAUUAAGGAGAUAAUAAAGGAAGCUCCAAUAGCAGAGUCAAAUGGAACUCCAAUGAAAGAGACAGAUGAAGCUCUGGUUAAGGUGACAAACGUUGCUUCUGUCAAGGAGAUAAAGGAAAUUCCCGUCUUAGAGAUGAAGGAGUCUUCUGAUACAAUGACAGAGCAAGUGUCUGAAGAAACUGCUGCUCAAUCAUGAGCAUUGAGCAAUUAGUCUUCUUUUUCAUUUCCUUUUUCUUUUUCUUUGUAGUUUAUCAUCGAAUCGAGAUGUUCCAGGCAAGGUCAAAUUGGCCUUUGUCCUUUCUUCUCGGCAAUGACUUGUUGAAGUGAUGCUUUGAAACUGUGUUGUAUAUUAUAUGUAAUUUUCAUUUGGUACAUAUGUUA